AUGGAGAUGUCCACCACCGAGGCAGAGGCAGCCGGGACUGCUCCAGAGCCCCAGGAUGGAAGGGCAGCGCUGGCAGAGGGAGCUUCAGCUGAGCAACUCCAUGGAGGGGAAGCAGCACCUACAGAGGAGAAGGCUCCGGCUGCUGCCACAGCCCAGGAUGGGGGAAAGAAUGAGCCAGGGAAGGAGAAGGCUCUGGCUGCAGUAAAGCCUGAAGGAGAGAAGGCAGCAUCCAUGGAGGGGAAGGCUCCGGCUGCUGCUGCAGCUCAGGAUGGAGGCAAGGAGGAGCCCAGGGAGGAGAAGGGCCUGGCUGGAGCAGGGGCUCAGGAUGGAGGGAAGGAUGAGCCCAUGAAGGAGCAAGCCCCUGGUGGGUUAGAGCCUGAGGGUGGUGGGAAAGCAGAGCCCAUGCAGGAGAAGGCUCCGGCUGCAGUGGAGGCUGAGGAAGGGAAGGCAAAACCCACCAAGGAGGCAGCUUUGGCUGCAGCACAGGCUCAGGAUGGGGGCAAAGAAUCUGCAGAGGAGAAACCCACAUCUGGUGCCAAGGAGAAGGCUCCAGCUCCUGUGAAGGCCCAGGAUGGAGGGAAGGCAGCAGCAAAGGCAGAGGAAACCCCAGUGGAUAAAAAACCUGUGAAGACAAAGGCUCCAACUACUGCAAAGGCUCAGGAUGGAGAGAAACAAGUGGCAAAGGCAGAAGCCUCAGCUGCAAAAACAGCUCAAAAGGGUGAUAAAGAGAAGCCUGUAAAGGAGAAAGCCACAGGUCCUGCAAAGAAGGCCCCAGAUGCUGCAAAGGCUCAUGACGGAGAGAAGGCAGCAGUAAAGGCAAAGGAAACCCCAGCUGCAAAGAAGCCUCAAGUUGGAAGCAAAGAGCCUUCAAAGGAGAAAGCUGCAGCUCCUGCAGAAGAGGAGAAAGCUCCAGAGGUGGAGAAAACCCCAGUGGCAUCGGAGACUGAGGAUGGAGGCAAGGAAGAGCCUGCCAAGGAGGAAGCCACGGCUCCCACAAAGGAGGCUCCGGCCGCUGUGAAGGCUCAGGAUGGAGGGGCGAAAGCUGCAGAGCUGGACUCUCCCCCAGCUGCGGCAGAGGCCGGGGAUGGAGGCGAGGACCCCACAGAGGCUGCGGCCCUGGGGGAAGGGGAGCGAGCAGCAAAGGCGGAUGAGAAGGGCAAGCAGCAGCCAAGGGGCUCUGAGCCCCCACGCCCGGCCCUGCUGCAGAGCCUGAGCUGCCCGGCCGCCUGCCCGAGGGACGAGCAGCCCUGGGCGGAGGGGCCGGCCAUGGAGGUGAUACUGGAGGAGAGCACGGUGAUGGAGCCGGCAGAGCCCGGCCCGGUCCCGGAGCCCCCCGGCACCCCACAGGAGAGGACAUUGCCCAGUGCCACGGGGCAGGCCCCGGGCCCUGCCGGGGCUGCGGAGCAGCCUGGCCCUGCGGGACAACCGUCCUCGACGGAGGCAGAGCCACCCCCGAGCCCCUACCUCACCCCCGACUUCGGGAAGGAAGACCCGUUCGAGAUACUGGAUGAUGUCCCUCCGCCACCAGCACCCUUCGCUCACCGCAUCGUCACCCUGCGGUCCGCCAGCAUCAGCUCCCACUUCAACCUCAGCUCCAAGGAGAUCCUGGGGGGGGGCAAGUUUGGUGAAGUCCACACGUGCACAGAGAAGCAGACGGGGCUCAAGCUGGCAGCCAAAGUGAUCCGGAAGCAGGGUGCCAAGGACAAGGAGAUGGUGCUGCUGGAGAUCGAUGUGAUGAACCAGCUGAACCACCGCAACCUCAUCCAGCUCUAUGAUGCCAUCGAGACGCCGCGGGAGAUCAUCCUGUUCAUGGAGUUUGUGGAGGGCGGUGAGCUCUUUGAGCGGAUCAUCGAUGACGAUUACCAGCUGACGGAGGUGGACUGCAUGGUGUUCGUGCGGCAGAUCUGCGAGGGCAUCCGCUUCAUGCACCACAUGCGGGUCCUCCACCUCGACCUCAAGCCUGAGAACAUCCUCUGUGUCGCUGCCACUGGACACAUGGUGAAGAUCAUUGACUUUGGGCUGGCUCGAAGGUACAACCCCCAGGAGAAGCUGAAGGUGAACUUCGGCACCCCUGAAUUCCUCUCCCCUGAGGUGGUCAACUACGAGCAGGUCUCCUACACCACGGACAUGUGGAGCAUGGGCGUCAUCACCUACAUGCUGCUCAGCGGCCUCUCCCCCUUCCUGGGUGACAACGACACCGAGACGCUCAACAACGUCCUGGCUGCCAACUGGUACUUCGAUGAGGAGACCUUCGAGAGUGUCUCCGACGAGGCCAAGGACUUCGUUUCCAACCUCAUCAUCAAGGACAAGAGUGCCCGGAUGAGUGCCAGCCAGUGCCUGGAGCAUCCCUGGCUCAACAACCUGGCAGAAAAGGCCAAACGCUGCAACCGGAGGCUCAAGUCCCAAGUGCUGCUCAAGAAAUACGUCAUGAGGAGGCGCUGGAAGAAGAACUUCAUCGGGGUGUGUGCUGCCAACCGCUUCAAGAAGAUCACCAGCUCGGGGUCCCUGACGGCGCUGGGCAUCUGAGCCAGGGCUCUGCCAUGAGCCGAGGCCACAGAGGAACCGCUUCAGAGGCUCUCACGUCGGUCUCGCUUCUGGACGGCAGCAGGACCCUGCUGGGGUCCUCACUUCCCACUGUGGGCCAAGGGCUGGAGCUGCUCAGCCCUGUCCCUGCCCGCGCUGCUGCGAGAUGAU